AUGACGCAUUCAUUACAACUUCAUCGACCAACCAACGCUGAGAUUAUCGACCUCGCUGCACAAGAGGGCCAUGAUGCUGACAUUCCCACCAAUUUGGGCUCGAUCCAUCGAGUAUCCAGCAAUCAAUCUACGAGGUCACAUUCUCCGUCAUAUGAGAAGGACGCCAAGACCCUGGCUCUUGGAGAAGAUAUGGAGAAAGGAAUUAUCCCCGCCUCAAGCUCGUUAGCCAUAGAAGAGGCAGACCCUGACGUCGUAGACUUUGAUGGCCCAGACGAUUUCCAGAACCCUAUGAACUGGGGAUUCACCAAGAAGUGGGGUAUGGUGUCGCUGAUAUCUGCGAUUACCUUCCUCACGCCACUUGCGAGCUCUAUGUUCGCGCCCGGAGUACCAGAAGUCAUGCGAGACUUUGGAUCGACGAAUGACAUGCUUGCAGGAUUCAUGGUGUCAGUAUAUGUCCUUGGGUUCAGUUUUGGACCUUUGAUCAUUGCACCCUUAUCGGAGAUGUAUGGUCGUCUGCCCUUAUACCACUCUUGCAACCUACUAUUCAUCAUUUUCACAAUCGCCGCUGCUGUUUCCACGAACAUGGGGAUGUUUAUCGUAUUCAGGUUUUUUAUGGGCACUGUUGGGGGCGCACCAAUGGUGCUUGGUGGAGGAACGAUUGCCGAUAUUAUCCCACGUGAGCACAGAGGUACAGCAAUGGCCGUGUGGAUGAUGGGGCCAACUAUUGGACCUUGCGUAGGACCUAUUAUCGGCGGCUUCCUCACUGUUGCAAAAGGUUGGAGAUGGAAUUUCUGGUUUGUCGCCAUAGUGGCCGGUGCAUUCUUCAUCAUGUCCCUCAUUCUGAUGAGUGAGACGUCUGCCCCCGUCAUUCUGGAAAGAAAGGCAAAGAAGCUGCGAAGAGAGACUGGAAACGAUAAGUUGCGGUCAAAGUUGGACAGCGGUCUAGCUCCAAAAGAGUUGUUUAAAUUUUCCAUCAUUCGGCCGGCCAAGAUGCUCACUCGCUCGACCAUCUGCUUCGCUAUCUCGCUUUACGUCGCCAUCACGUACACGUAUCUUUACAUCCUCUUUACCACCUUCACCUCCGUCUUUACAAACCAAUACCACUGGCACGGCGGCAUCACCGGACUUUCAUUCCUCGGUCUGGGUGUCGGUUCGCUUAUUGGACAGUUCGUGUAUAUCCGUUAUGGCAACAGGAUUGUCUCGAAGCACAUCGAACGCGGCGACUUCAAGCCUGAAAUGCGCCUGCAGAUCAUGUGUAUUGGCGGCUUCUUCCUGCCCAUCGGUCUGUUGGUCUAUGGUUGGUCUACAAACUUCCGGACGCACUACAUGGUGCCACUUGUUGGUACUGGCAUUAUCGGCUUCGGGCUGCUUCUGACAUUCAUGCCUGCGAACACAUACUUGAUCGACGUGUUCACGACACACGCCGCAAGCGCGAUGGCUGCAAGCACAGUCCUUCGUAGUUUGAUGGCUGCUUUGGUGCCGCUAAGUAGUCAGAAGAUGUACGCUGCAAUGGGCUUGGGGUGGGGUAACAGCUUGCUGGCGUUUGUAUCAUUGGCUUUGGUGCCGAUACCGUUCUUGUUCAUCAAGUAUGGUGAGAGUAUAAGAGCUAGAAGUACCGUGAAGCUGUAA